ACAAAAUGCCCAGAGAAGAGAUUAUUUGAUAGUAUAAAACUCCUUUGAAUUCUCAGUUGUUAAAAAGACGAGCCAGACCCAAGGAAUCAGCAUGACCAGCCAGUCUCAGGGAAUCCAGCAGCUCUUACAAGCAGAAAAACGCGCCAAAGACAAAGUAGAAGAAGCCAAAAAGAGAAAGGGAAAGAGAUUGAGGCAAGCCAAAGAAGAAGCUACAGCAGAGAUAGACCACUACCGGUUACACCGAGAAAAGGAAUUCAGGCACAAACAAUCUAAUAUAAUGGGCUCCCAGGGUAACCUCUCCACUAAAAUAGAAGACCAAACAACAGAAAAAAUCCAAGCUGUCACCAGUAACUUUCACAAAGAGAUGGAAAGCAUGAUGAAAAAACUUUUGAACAUGGUAUAUGACAUCAAACCUGAAAUCCACCUGAACUACAAAUCCACUGAUGUGUCCCUAGCAGUGUAAGAUGCAUUCCGCUUUUGAUAGGUCAAGAUAAUUUUGGUUUUCUUGUUUUGUGUGUAUGUGAGAGAAACACUAAGUCCAAAACAUGUAGUCUUACACAGAUUUUUAAUAUAAUACCAUUCUACAAGUUUUCACAAGCAUUUGGUGGAUUGAAAUGGUUUCCUGUUGCUAACCAUGCCCCUGUCAUUUAUAUAGGGGCAAAUUAACAACAGCAAAAUAAGUGAUUAUUUGACACUGGCAGCUUUUUAGUGGGUGUCUUAUUUCUUUUCUGAUAUAAAAUGUUCUGUACCAGUUGGGGUGUUAUAGGAAAUCUGUUUAUCCCGAUGCUUAAUGUAUUAAAAUUAAUAGUUAAGUAAUAAUAUUUCUGUUUGCUUGAAUUUAAAGCACUUCUCUCUUGUUUUGGGAAAAUGAAAUGGGUUGAUUCCUGUGAUUUUACAAAUAACUCCAAACUUUAGACCAAAUACAUUUGCAAUGACAUAUUGAGAAUCACAGCCUUCAGAUCCAACACCUCAGAUUUUCCAGAUUCGUAAUUUGUUCAUCAUUUGGUGUAGUUUAAAUGCAAACAUUAGUUAUGGCUGAUUUUACAUACCUACCUACUCAAAGAAUUUUCCUCCUACUGAAUUAUACCAUGUACCCUACAGAUUCUCCUUUAGCUCUGAAAUGGAUGCAAUUAGUAAUAAUUAUUUAUAAAAUAAAUUUAGUUUUAGAUGCAUUAUAUCAUGUCUCUCAUUAUUCUAAUAUAACAAAAGGCUUAGUCUUUCUGUGUG